AUGGAGGGCAUGUGGCAAGAUAGCGAGGAGGAGGCAGGGAGACGGAGCGAGGCUGGGUGUGAGGUGAUAAGAGGGAGAGAGACGUCCGUGGGUAAAGGUCUGGCAGUGGAAAGCUACAACAUCAGAGGUCCAGCUCCAGGGAAUUCUGGGAAGACCAGUGAGGAUGGGGUCCCCCAUGACCGUCCCUCCAGUCUGCCAGAUCUGUCUGGCUCGAUUGAUGACCUCCCCACUGGGACUGAGGCUGGUCUGGGCCCAGCCGGCAACGCUGCAGGAUCCUCCAACAGCAGCACCAACAGCAGUAGCCAAGGGGAUCAGGGAGGCGCCGGCAACCAGGGACAGUCCCCCUUUUCCCCUCACCUCCCCAGUCAGAGGAGCGGGCCCUCUCCCUCCCCUGUGGGCUCCCCAGCAGGCUCCACUCAGUCCCAGCAGUCCCGAUCUGGCUCAGGGCCCAUCUCUCCUGCUAACAGCACUGCUCCAGGUUCUACAAUGACCCCACAAAACUCUGGGAAUGGACCAGAUGGAGCCCAUCUGCCAAUCACACGUUCGCCUAUGGCUCAGGAGAGAGGUUUAGUGUCUGGCAUGCAGAGAAACCAGUCUGGCUCCCAGUUUACAUCCCCACAGUCUGGACCGCCAAUGUCCCCACACCCAUCACCUGGGGGUUCGAUGUAUGCUGGUAUGGGACCAUAUUCCCAGAGUGGCCCUGCAGGUCUCUAUGGACCUCAAGGACCCCAUUAUGGACACCAAGGUAACUACCCUCGACCCUCUAACUACAGCGGGGCAGUUGGUACCAGCUACAGCGGCCCCGUACCUGGUAUGACUAACAGUCUGGGAAUGAACGCCACCAGUCCCAUGCAUGGUCAGGGCCCGGGGCAGCCAGUAUCUGGAGGACGCAGCCUUGGCCCAGGCAGCCAGAAUCGGACAUAUUCAUCUAUGGGUCCAAGUUCUCCCAGCAUACCACAGUCAGCAGGGCCAGGGAUGGGUCCUCCAUCUUUGGGUAGCUCGAACCGCAAGGUCCAGGAGGGAGCGGUAGCUGGCAUGCUGGGAUCUGCUAACUCCGUUCACAACAGGCAGGGAAACUACCAAAGCCCCAGCAUCAACCAAGGGAGCGCCAUUUCCUACAGUCAGUCAAUGAGCAACAACAGUUCAGCAACAGGAAACGGACAAGGUCCAGGCUACAGUAUCCCUCCUUCAGGUAACUAA